AUUCACCAACUUAAUAUUAACAAUGCCUUUCUUAAUGGCAAUUUGGAUGAAGAGUUGUUUAUGCAACAACCUACUGGAUUUGUUGAUGAAACUUUUCCUCAUCAUAUAUGCCCUUUAAAGAAGUCUCUGUGUGGCUUGAAACAGGCUCCCUGUGCUUGGUUUCGUGAAUUGAAGGGAUAUUUGCUUUCUCAAGGACUUCAAUGUUCCCGAUCUGACACCUCUCUUUUCAUACUUUGGCAAUAUGGUAUUAUUGUUUAUUUUCUCAUCUAUGUGGAUGAUAUUCUGAUCACUGGCAAUUCCUUACCAUUCAUUGACAAGUUGAUUCUUAAUCUUGGUGCCCGUUUUUCUUUGAAGGAUCUUGGUAAUUUACAUCUCUUUUUAGGCAUUGAAGCUAUUCAUACCCCAGUAGGGAUAUUUCUCACCCAACAUCGAUACAUUACAGAAAUUCUACAUCGUGCCAAAAUGUCUGACGCCAUUGCCUUUGCUUCCCCUGUGGCUUCCUCCUGCUCUCUUCAGCAAGGUCCUAGAAAGACUCUCACUGAUCUUACUGUCUAUUAGCAAAUUGUUGGUGCACUACAAUAUUUGUCCCUCACUCAUCCAAACAUAUCCUUUUCGAUAAGCCACCUGUCUUAGUUUCUUCACUACCCCGUAGAAUUUUACUGGCAAGCUGUCAAAUGUGUUUUGUGCUACCUUAAAAGGAGCUUGCAUCGUGGUUUACUUCUUACUCCCCAAACUAAACUCUCCUUGCAUGGUUUCUUUGAUUCUGAUUGGGUUGGGGAUUGCGAUUCUUAUAUUUCAACCACUAGGUAUGUUAUCUUUCUUAGCUCAAAUCCAAUCUCUUGAAAGGCUACCAAGCAGCGUGUUGUUGCCAGAAGCUCCACUGAGGCAAAAUAUCAUGCUCUUGAUGUUGCUUCCUCUGAGAUGGUAUGGAUUAAACAUUUGCUAACUGAACUUGGUGUUUCCCACAUUAGCUCCCCCACCUUGUAUUGUGACAAUCUUGGUGCUACCUAUUUAAGUAGUAGUCCAGUUAUGCACUUGCAUAUGAAACACAUUGUCAUUGGCUUGCAUUUCGUUCGGGAGUCACUAGACAAACAAGUUCUUCAUGUGGCUCACAUUUCUUCUAAAGAUCAACUUACAGAUGGCUUUACCAAACCUCUGCCUACUACCUGAUUUUUACAACUAUGGUCCAAGAUUGGAGUCGUUGAUGGCUCCUCCAUCUUGCGGGGGCGUAAGGAAAGUGCUAUUUGAUAUAAUUCUCUUAUUAUUAGAGAAAUAUAUAAUCUUUGAUUAUGGACUCUGUAAAUAGAAACUAGUUUUUCUAUUUCCUUGCUUAUGUAUCUUGGCCAAUACUCUACUGCUGUAUCUAUAUGUGAUCAAUUGUUAAUAAUAUUAUUAUUCAAUU